AUGUCCGACUCUCUAGCUUUGCCUUCCUUCCUCACGGACAAUUCCGUGGCCGCGGCCUUCAAGGAUGCAUACACCUCGUUCUCCGAGCGCAGGGCCGCCCUCGGCCUUCCCAACCCUGGCACCCUGGAUAACAUCUCCCGGGAGGUGCAGAAGGAUGUCCUGCUGUCCAACUUCAUGUUCACCGGUCUCCGGGCGGACCUGACCAAGGUUUUCGGCAUGUCUCCUCUGUUCCGUGUGUCGCAUGCUUUCUCCAUGGGCGGAUCCGGCAACAUGCCCCCAUACAACUUCUCCGCCAUGUACGGAAGUCCUAAGGUCUUCAUGCAAGGCAACCUCGGAAGCGAUGGAGGUCUCGCUGCUGUCGGCAACUACCGUUGGACCCCCAAGUUUGUCACCAAGACCAACACUCAGAUCAUGCCCGGUGGCCAGGGCUUGAUGCAGCUUGAUAAUGACUACACCGGCGACGAUUUCUCCGCGUCUCUCAAGGCUUUCAACCCUUCUUACUUGGAGGGCGGUCUUACCGGUAUCUUCGUCGGAAGCUAUCUCCAGUCUGUUACUCCCAACCUGGCUCUUGGUUUCGAGGCUAUCUGGCAGCGCCAGGCCAUGAACGCUCGUCCUGAAUCUGCUCUCUCCUACGGUGCCCGCUACAAGACCGCCGACUGGAUUGCUAGUGCUCAGCUGCAGGCUCAGGGUGUCAUCACCGCCUCCUACUGGAAGAAGCUCUCCGAGCGUGUUGAGGCUGGUGUUGACAUGAACCUCCAGUUCGCUCCUAACGCUGCUGCUGCUCUCAUGGGUGGUCCCAGCCGUGACGGCACCACGGCCAUUGGCGCCAAGUACGACUUCCGUGCUUCCACUUUCCGUGCUCAGGUCGACAGCACCGGAAAGGUCAGCUGCCUCUUGGAGAAGCGGAUAGCUAUGCCCAUCGCUCUUACCUUUGCCGGUGAGAUCGAUCAGGCCAAGCAAACGGCCAAGCUCGGUCUUGCUGUUUCCCUUGAGAUCGCGGGCGAGGAACUGAUGGAGCAGCAAGAGAAGAUGAGCCCUGAGGACAUGGUCCCUCCUCCCUUCUAA